CGAGGGAAGCGGACCCGGCGGCCGGGGCAUGAGGAGCUGAGCGUCUCGAACGAGGCGGGCUGACGGCAGCACCAUGCAGGCGGCGGCGGCUGCGUCGGUGCCCUUCUUGCUGCUCUGCGCCCUGGGGACCUGCCCCCCAGCGCGCUGCGGCCGGGCAGGAGACGCCUCGUUGACGGAGCUGGAGAGGAGGAACGAAAACCGCUUCCUGGAGCGCCAGAGCAUCGUGCCACUCCGGCUCCUCUACAGCUCGGGCGGCGGAGACGAAACUGGACACGACGCGCUCGACACGCGGGUGCGGGGCCACCCCGGCGGCGGGCAGUUGACUCAUGUUGACCAGGCAAGCUUCCAGGUUGAUGCCUUUGGAACAUCCUUUAUUCUUGAUGUCGUGCUAAACCACUAUUUGCUGUCCUCUGAAUACGUAGAGAGACACGUUGAACAUGGAGGGAAGACGGUGGAAGUUAAAGGAGGAGAACACUGCUACUACCAGGGCCACAUCCGAGGAAAUCCUACUUCAUUUGUUGCAUUGUCCACAUGCCACGGACUUCAUGGGAUGUUCUAUGAUGGGAACCACACCUAUCUCAUUGAACCAGAAGAAAAUGACACCUCCCAAGAGGAUUUCCAUUUUCAUUCAGUUUUCAAGUCCAGACUGUUUGAAUUUCCUUUGGAUGAUCUUUCAUCUGAAUUUCAACAAGUACACAUCACUCCACCAAAAUUUAUUCUGAAGCCAAGACCAAAAAGAAGUAAACGGCAGCUUCGUCGACAGCCUCGUAACAUAGAGGAGGAGACCAAAUAUAUUGAGCUGAUGAUUGUCAACGAUCAUCUAAUGUUUAAAAAACAUCGGCUUUCAGUUGUACAUACCAAUACAUAUGCGAAAUCUGUGGUGAACAUGGCGGAUUUAAUAUAUAAAGACCAACUGAAGACAAGGAUAGUAUUGGUUGCUAUGGAAACCUGGGCAGCUGACAACAAGUUCGCCAUAUCUGAAAAUCCAUUGAUCACUCUACGUGAGUUUAUGAAAUACAGGAGGGAUUUUAUCAAAGAGAAGAGUGAUGCAGUUCACCUUUUUUCGGGAAGUCAAUUUGAGAGUAGCCGGAGCGGGGCAGCUUAUAUUGGUGGGAUUUGCUCGUUGCUGAAAGGAGGAGGCGUGAAUGAAUUUGGGAAAACUGAUUUAAUGGCAGUUACACUCGCCCAGUCAUUAGCCCAUAAUAUUGGUAUUAUCUCAGACAAAAGAAAGUUAGCAAGUGGUGAGUGUAAAUGUGAGGACACAUGGUCUGGAUGCAUAAUGGGAGACACUGGGUAUUAUCUUCCUAAAAAGUUCACCCAGUGUAAUAUUGAAGAGUAUCAUGACUUUCUGAAUAGUGGAGGUGGUGCCUGUCUUUUCAACAAACCUUCUAAGCUUCUUGAUCCUCCUGAGUGUGGAAAUGGCUUCAUCGAAACUGGAGAGGAGUGUGACUGUGGGACCCCGGCAGAGUGUGUCCUUGAAGGAGCAGAAUGUUGUAAGAAAUGCACCUUGACUCAAGAUUCUCAAUGCAGUGAUGGUCUUUGUUGUAAAAAGUGCAAGUUUCAGCCCAUGGGGACCGUGUGCCGAGAAGCAGUAAACGAUUGCGAUAUUCGUGAGACGUGCUCAGGAAAUUCAAGCCAGUGUGCCCCAAAUAUUCAUAAAAUGGAUGGAUAUUCAUGUGAUGGUAUUCAGGGGAUUUGCUUUGGAGGAAGAUGUAAAACCAGGGAUAGGCAAUGCAAAUACAUCUGGGGGCAAAAGGUGAUGGCAUCAGACAAAUACUGCUAUGAGAAACUGAAUAUCGAAGGGACGGAGAAGGGGAACUGUGGGAAAGACAAAGACACGUGGAUACAGUGCAACAAACGGGAUGUGCUUUGUGGUUACCUUUUGUGCACCAAUAUUGGUAAUAUCCCCAGGCUUGGAGAACUUGAUGGUGAAAUCACAUCUACUUUGGUUGUGCAGCAGGGAAGGACAUUAAACUGCAGUGGUGGGCAUGUGAAGCUUGAAGAAGAUGUCGAUCUUGGCUAUGUGGAAGAUGGGACACCUUGUGGUCCCCAAAUGAUGUGCUUAGAACACAGGUGUCUUCCUGUGGCUUCCUUCAACUUUAGUACUUGCUUAAGCAAUAAAGAAGGCACUGUUUGUUCAGGAAAUGGAGUUUGCAGUAAUGAGCUGAAGUGUGUCUGUAACAGACACUGGAUUGGUGCAGACUGCAGCACGUACUUCCCUCACAAUGAUGAUGCAAAGACUGGCAUAACUCUGUCUGGCAAUGGUGUCGCUGGUACCAAUAUCAUAAUAGGCAUAAUCGCUGGCACCAUCUUAGUGCUGGCCCUCAUAUUAGGAAUAACUGCAUGGGGUUAUAAAAAUUAUCGAGAACAGAGACAGUUACCCCAGGGAGAUUAUGUAAAAAAGCCUGGAGAUGGCGACUCUUUUUAUAGCGACAUUCCUCCUGGAGUCAGCACAAACUCAGCAUCUAGUUCUAAGAAGAGGUCGAAUGGGCUUUCUCAUUCUUGGAGUGAAAGGAUCCCGGACACAAAACAUAUUUCAGACAUCUGUGAAAAUGGACGACCUCGAAGCAACUCUUGGCAAGGUAACCUGGGAGGCAACAGAAAGAAAAUCAGAGGCAAACGAUUUAGACCUCGGUCUAAUUCAACUGAGACUCUGUCUCCUGCCAAGUCUCCCUCUUCAUCAACUGGGUCUAUUGCCUCCAGCAGAAAAUACCCAUACCCAAUGCCUCCACUUCCUGAUGAAGAGAAGAAAGUGAACCGACAAAGUGCCAGGCUAUGGGAGACCUCCAUUUAAGAUCCACUGUUUACAUGUGAUACAUCAAAACUGUUUACUUCAACUUUUAUAGAAACCCAGCCUCACGGAAUCACUGCAAAUCUAUCUGCUCUUCAGACAAUACAGAGACCCUCUGAGAUGCCCCAGAGGAGAGGAAGCCGAGUCUCACAUCUGGAUACCAUUUUCUUUUUGUCAUUGGCUUAGGAUCUAAGUGAACCCUGAAAAGAACUACUGAAAUGUUACACUAUAACAUGGGAACAAUAAAGGUACUGGUAUGCUCCUGGAUAAUCCGCAUGACAGAUAUAUGUAGAAAUAUCACUAAAGUUAACUCACAUGACCCAAAUGUAGCAAGUUUCCUAAGGGACAAUAGUGGAUUCAGAACUGACAUUCUGAAGCACAUCCUCAUUGUAGACAGUAAUGCUAUGUGCAUGAAGCUUCUGUUUAUUGCAAUUUCCACAUUUAAGGAAACAACAUCCCAUAAUAGAAACUAGCAUGCAGGGCUAAGGCAUCUAGGAUUUGUCUGCAGGACUUUAAAGCUUUGAGAGGCCAAUAUCCCAUAUGCUAACUCUGAACAUGUAUCUUUAUUAUUUUUUUUUUACUUCUCAUAUUUAUAUCAGCAUACAAGGAGAAUUGUACAUAUGUAAACAUUUUUAAAAU